UCUCAGAGCGGACAAAUCACCUCACUCGUAUGUUUUGAUCCCUGAAAGUUACUGUCAGUGGACUGGUUGUAAAAAUGUCUGCUGUAACGCCGCCUGUACAUGACCACUAUGCCUUCCAUCGACGUGAAUUUGAAGAGCCGCCGCUUGGAAGCCAGAGCAGAUGUAGCUCUAAUCCUCAGCCCGUCCUCAGUGCGAGGCAGACCGCAGCAAACCACCAGCGAUACCGGGCUGAAGGCAUCAGGACCAGACCACGACCUCCCAGCAGCCCCGGCAGCAUGUGGCCACACAUUGACGACCCCACCACCAGACCUCAGCUGGACGACUGCGAGAAGAUGGGGACUCUGUUCGGGAUGAUCAACAAGUGUCUGCGGGGGGUGGGCUUCACCCAGAUGUACUUUGGGGACAAGAUAGUAGAGCCGGUGGUGAUCGUGUUCUUUUGGAUGCUCCUCUGGUUCCUUGGCAUCCAGGCACUGGGACUGGUGGGAACUCUGUGCCUCAUCAUCAUCUACAUCCAGAAGUAACCAGCCUGCUGU